AUGCCCGGCAACUAUAUCGAUUUGGAGCACAUAUACGAGCACUAUUUUGAGUCGUCCGACGAGGAGGAGUACUCGGAUGAGACGGCGAUGAUGCAGGUGGUCCUUGAAGACAAAGAGCGUGCAGAGGAGCGUGUUCUCAAUUUCAACGGUUCGAUCAUGGGUCAUCGACUGCUCAACUGCAACUGGGCGCGCAGUCAUUUGACACUGAUGACCGACUACUUUGCCUCGGAUGCGCUCUUCGCUGACCAUUUUUGUCGGCGUUUUCGGAUGCGCAAGAAUGUCUUCGAUCAUUUGUACCAUGGCAUCCGGUCUUAUGAUGAAUACUUCGUCUUGAAGAAGGAUGCCAUGGGAGUGAUUGGCUUCUCUGGCUACCAGAAAUGCAUGGCCGCACUAUGGAUGCUUGCAUAUGGCGCGGUCAUUGAUUCAUGGGACGAGUACCAACAGAUGUUUGAGAGCACGUGCGGAGAUAGUGAAGGAAAUAUGCCCUAG